GUUUCCUUUAUUACUACAGCUUUUUGCAACAGCAAUGCUGCGAUUCACACCCCCUAAUGUUCGUCGCGCGGUCAGCAUGCUACCUCGUGGCGCUUUAGCCUAUAGGGCUUCUGCUUCAAAGGCUGCUCUCCCUUCCUUAGCUGUGUCGCUCCGUCGCUAUGCCACGGAAUCAGCUGCUCAAGUCGACACCAAAGGACCCACCAAGGUUGUCCACUAUACUGUUGACAAGUAUCCCGGUUACGAACGAGACACCCGCUUUAGCCAGCUCUCGCCUGACCAUGUCGAACACUUCAAAUCCAUUGUCGGUGACAACGGUAUGAUUUACGACAACGAUGAUGAUCUUUUCGUUUUCAACACAGAUUGGAUGAACAAGUAUAGGGGAAAGUCUAAGUUGGUUUUGAAGCCAAAGACUACUCAACAGGUCUCUGACAUCAUGAAGUAUUGUAACGAAAACAAGUUGGCUGUUGUUCCACAGGGUGGAAAUACUGGUUUGGUUGGCGGCUCUGUCCCCGUGUUCGACGAAAUCGUUCUCAGCCUUGCCAACAUGAACCAAGUCCGUAGCUUCGAUGCUGUCUCUGGUGUCCUUGUCAGUGAUUCUGGAUGCGUUUUGGAAAUUUUGGACAACUACCUUCAUGAGAAGGGCUACAUUAUGCCUAUCGAUUUGGGUGCUAAGGGAAGCUGUCAUAUUGGCGGUAACGUAGCAACAAAUGCAGGUGGUCUGCGAUUGCUUCGUUAUGGAUCAUUGCACGGAACCGUCCUAGGCUUAGAGGUUGUGUUGCCUGACGGUACCAUUCUCGAAAAUCUUUCCACUCUACGCAAAGAUAACACUGGUUAUGAUCUCAAGCAACUCUUCAUUGGAUCAGAAGGUACCCUCGGUGUCAUCACCGGUGUGUCUAUCUUAACACCUCGUAAGCCCAAGGCUGUCAACGUUGCAUUGCUCGGUGUCAAUUCAUUCGAAGAUGUCCAAAAGGCUUUCAAGCAAGCUAAAUCCGAAGUGUCUGAAAUUUUGUCUGCAUUCGAGUUUUGGGAUACUAAUGCAUCUAAGAUGUUCAAGAAGCACAGUGAUGUGAAAGGUGCUCUCUCCGACGAGUAUCCUUUCUACGUCCUCAUCGAGACCAGUGGUUCAAACAAGGAUCAUGAUGAUGAAAAAUUGAAUGGAUUGCUCGAGAACUUGAUGACCGAUGAAGUUGCUCUUGAUGGUGUCGUUGCUCAGGAUGAGACUCAGAUCCGAAACUUGUGGUCCAUGCGUGAAGGUAUUCCUGAAGCUCUUAGCAAGGAAGGAGGCGUUUUCAAAUAUGACGUUUCCCUUCCUGUGCCCCGCCUCUACGAAUGUGUCGAAGACAUGAAGAAGCAUCUCACUGAACAUGGUGUUUAUGGAAAGGAUGACUCUCCCGUUGUAGAGGUUGUCGGUUACGGUCACGUUGGUGAUGGCAAUUUGCAUUUGAACAUCGCUACCAAGACCGUCGAUACCAAGAUCAUGAACAUUAUUGAACCAUAUAUCUUUGAAUGGGUUUCAAAGGAGAACGGAUCAAUUUCUGCUGAGCAUGGCCUUGGACUUCAGAAGGGCAAGUUCUUGCAUUACUCCAAGUCAGAUGCUAUGAUACAGUUGAUGCAGACUAUCAAGAAGACUAUUGAUCCUAAUGCUAUCAUGAACCCUUACAAGUAUCUUCCCCAGAAUUGAAGUUGUAAUA